AGAGGCGAGAGACGCCCACCCGCAGGACGCACGCCGCGGUGCGUGCGCCGUGCGCGAGCUGAUUAUGCUUCCGGGCGGCGAAGACGGCAAGCACCACGGCGCCACCGCCGACGAGGAGGCCGCCGCGGCGACCGCGGCCUCGCUGAACGACCUCUGCGCCACGGCCACCGCCACCGCCGGGGGCGCGGGGCUCCCCGUGCUGGCGCCGUUCCCGAGGGUGGCGGUGUGGGCUGUAGCGGCGCUGCUCGCGGUGGGGCUCGGCCUCGGCGCGCUCGUGUUCGCCGUCGUGCACAGCGCCGCCCUGCUCGUGGUGGCCGUGCUCCUGUCCGCUGCCGUGGUCGCGUUCCUCGUGUGGAAUGCGGCGGCUACCGCGUCGGGGCGCGCCCUGCGGCGGUUCGUCGAUGGGCUGCCGGCGUCCAGCCUCCGGGCAGCCGCCGACGGCCAGCUCGUCAAGAUUACCGGUCUUGUUGCGUGUGGUGAUAUUUCACUGAUUUCUUCAUACGAGAAAGUAGAGAAUUGUGUAUAUACCUCUACAAUAUUAAGAAAAUGUGGUAGAUGGGGUUCUGAGGUUGCAAAUCCUAAGAACCGCUGUUCUAUGUGGAAAUUGACACAUGCUGAGAGGUUUGCUGCUGAUUUCUACAUAACGGAUGCAAAAUCAGGUAAAAGAGCUAUGGUGAAAGCUGGGCACCACUCAAGAGUAGUUCCCUUGAUUGGUGAAAAUCUUCUGGUUACAACAAGUGGGAACACUGAACUAUCUUCAACCUUGAGGUGUUGGCUGGACGAAAGAAAUCUUCCUUCUGAAGAAUCUCAGCCUCUCCGUCUCGAAGAAGGGUAUAUCUGUGAAGGAAUGCGAUUGAGCGUAAUCGGAAUUUUAAGCAAAAAGGAUGGAGAUCUAAUGAUACUUCCUCCACCUGAACCUAUUUCUACAGGUUAUGUGUUGCUGUCGUUUCUCCUUCCAACUUAUUUUGAUGGUUUAGUUCUGAGAUUAGUUGACAGAAGUUAUCUUACGCCCAAGUCUGGUGUUUCGUGAACCAAUCCCAGAACUCAUGAGAUGUAACAGCUAACAAUGCUAGUGUAUGCCCUUGCCCCUUGGGAUCUUCUACGGGACCACAAUAUAAUUUUAGAAUGUGUAAA